AUGGCUGACGAAGAAAUUAAUGGAGAUACCGACGAUAUCCAGCAUGACAAAGAUAAAAAUCAAAAGAAAACUGCUAAGCAUGAUAGUGGAGUAGCUGACUUAGAAAAAGUUACCGAUUAUGCAGAAGAAAAAGAAAUAUCGUCCCAGGAUAUAUCAGGGGCUCUUUCGCUGAUAGGUGAUAGAAGAAAUAAAGAAGCCGCUGAGAGACUAGAAAAAGAAAAAGAGCUACAGAAAGUUUCAGUCAAAAAAGAAGACAUAGAACUUAUUGUAAAAGAAAUGGAAAUCUCAAGAAGUAUAGCAGAGAGAACAUUACGGGAACACAGAGGUGAUGUGGUGGCUGCCUUAACUACUCUUACCAACUAA